AUGCUGGCCUCCGAGAAGCUAUGCGAGUUACGCUCUCUCAUGAACCGCACGACUGUGCCCCUGCUACCGCUUCGUUACCUACUGGGCAAGACAAAGGGAAAUGGGUCAAAAGAAUUCAUAAGUCGGUCAUUUCAAGCUUUUGUGGUUGACACGGCCGAUGCGCAUCAGAGUGAGUACGUGGGGAAUGCACACAAACGACGUGAGUUCCUUACAGGCUUUACGGGAUCUAACGGCACAGCCCUUGUGACGCCCAAUCAAGCUCUUUUGUGGACCGAUGGGCGAUACUUUUUGCAAGCAGAGCAGGAGCUGAGUGAUGACUGGACGCUCAUGAAGAGCGAAGAACCGGGUGUGCCCUCUAUCGAGCAGUGGACCAAGCAGAAUUUGCCUGAUGAUAGUUGUCUUGCCAUCGAUCCUCAUUUAACUUCAGUUCAAGCAGCCAGAAAGUUCGCAAAGGAACUAAAAGAUACGAAGAUUGAGUUGGUCGCAUUACACGAGUCCGAAAAUCUCGUCGAUCUCAUCUGGAAUGGUCGUCCAAGUAACUUGAGAAAAUGUGUGAAAGACAAAGGAGCUGACGCCAUUAUCCUUACGGCGCUAGACGAUAUUGCGUGGCUCUUUAAUAUCCGCGGCAACGAUGUCGAUUUCAACCCCGUUGUUACAUCAUACGCAGUCGUGACAUCGGACGAGGCCACUUUAUUCUUAAACGCAGCCAACCAGAGCGAAGUGACACAACACUUGGGUUCAAGUGGCGUAAGAAUCAAACCCUAUUCUGAUGUGUUUAACGAAGUCUCAACUUUUGUUGCCGCGAAUAGAAACAUGAAAAUUCUGGUAGAUCCUGCACAAUGUAACGUUGCUAUGUUUCUGGCUAUACCACCUGCUAAUCGCAAAGAAGACACGUCGAUUAUUUUGGAGCAAAAGGCGAUCAAAAGCGCGGUGGAGAUUGAAGGUAUGCGUCAGGCACACGUCCGCGAUGGUGCUGCUCUGGUCAAAUUUUUUAGCUGGCUUGAAAAUGAAAUGGAAUCUGGCAACGAGGACCAAUGGGACGAAGUGCUCGUCGCUGACAAGCAAGAACACUUUCGAAAGCAGAUGAAGAACUAUGUGUCGCUAAGCUUUGAUACCAUCUCAUCGAUUGGCGCCAAUGGAUCUAUUAUCCACUACUCGCCUAAGCGUGGUGAGUGUGCAAAAAUGUCGACGUCUGCCAUGUACCUGAACGAUUCUGGUGCUCAAUAUUUGGACGGCACGACUGAUGUGACCCGAACGUUGCAUUUUGGACAACCUUCGGCUUAUGAGAAAGCUUGCUUUACACACGUCCUGAAGGGACAUAUUGCUCUUGCAAGUACUGUCUUUCCGGACAAAAUCGAAGGCGUUCGACUUGACGCUAUCGCGCGUGCGCCACUGUGGCAGGCUGGUCUCGAUUAUCGCCAUGGAACAGGUCAUGGUGUUGGUGCAUUUCUAAACGUGCAUGAAAAGGGUGUUUUAUUAUCAUUUCGUUUGAACCCGAACGGUUUAAAGAUCCAAGAUGGCAUGAUCAUCAGCAAUGAGCCUGGAUACUAUGAAGACAACAAAUUUGGCAUUCGUAUUGAAAGUGUCAUGGUUGCCAAAAAGGCAUCGCGUGUCAAAAGUCCACUCGAACGCGAUUUCUGUGAGUUUGAGACCCUUACGAUGGCUCCUAUCCAACAAAAACUCAUCGACGUGAGUCUACUUACACCUACGGAGAUUGAGUGGGUCGACGCGUACCAUAAAGUCGUGCAUGACAAGUUGUUGCCAUUGCUAAAAGACGAUCCAGAGUCGCAUGCUUACCUGAUCCGCGAAACUAAUCCGUUGUCACUUUCAUAA